AUGAUUAGUAAUUUGUUCUUAAAGAAAUCAACAGCAACAUUGUUUGGUAACAAUUGUUGUAGGUUGCUGAGUCUACAGCAGCUGCAGCAACCACAACAGAGUAAAAGAUAUAUGAUGUCGAUUCUCUCAAAGAGAGGACACACCGGUGUGACUAUGGGCGGUGGUCAACCAACAGCUUUGAGACCAUCGGCUAAAGUCAGAAGAGACGUAAUGAGAAAGCAGAGUAAACUGGUCGAUCCUAAUAGCUCUGAAUAUAAACUAUCACAACAUCUGCAACAACAGGAACAAGAAAUAAGAAACAAGAAUAUACCGACUACAACAAACUCUGGCAUCGCAGUACCUCACUCAAAGAAGAAAUCAAUCAACGACAAUGAAAAUAAUAACAGCAAUAGUCAACAAGAAGGAAAAGAUGUAAAUUUACAAGAAUCUACUUUACAGACCAUCAUUGGUUCAACUAAUGAUGAAGAACUAAUGUAUAGAUUAAUGAUUAACGAAAUGAAUUCUGAAAGAAGAUAUAGUGAAAUGAUACAUCAAUUAAUUGUUGACAUACCAGAGUGGCAAGAUUACAAUAAUGAAGUACUGAGAACUUUAAAACAAAUAGAAAUAGAUUUUCAUGCAUAUGAAGGAACGGCUUCAUGGAUUUCAUAUGAGCAUUUCGAGAAGAGAAGAAUCAGAGAAGUCGAACAGAUCAGACAAAGACAUUAUAAACGUGUUUCAAUGGCAGUAGACGUGCGAUUGGAACAAUAUUCAAUGGAGUUGGACAAGCAAAUCGAACAAAAGAUUGAAACCAUUAAAACAGAGAAAGGUCUGACAGAGGCACAGAUGAGAGCAAGCAAAGAGUAUGCCUAUCUCUUUGAAUCGGACGAUGACAAGACACCUGCAGAAAUGGAAGCCGACAGACUGGCAGAGCAAAAGAAGGAGGACGAACAAGACGAAUUCGAUCUUGCCAUUGAGCGUGCAAUGGGCAACGACAAACACUUGCUAGAAACCGAAAAGAUUCCGGAGGAAGUGAAAAUGCUCUAUCACAGAACCAUGGGUACCACCUACAAACGUAAAGACGAGCACUUUGACCAUCAAUUCGAAAUGGAACCAAUGGGUCAAACCAACAAACACUCUUUUGAUGAUUCCGAUUUCGAUUUGAAAGAUAUUUUGAAAACAAUGACAAACAACAACAACAACAACAACAAACCAGAUAGUAAAAAAUAA